AUGAAUGAUGAUAGGGUUCAUAGCCUACGCCGCGGCGACGGCGCGUCUGCGGCAAACGACCCAGCGACUUUAUAUCGCCUGAACUCCAACCAGAGCAGCUCCAGUGUAUUCGAAAAUGUUGAAAUGGCACACGACGAGCUCUACUCAGGCCCUGUGGCGGAAAGUUUACCCAGCAGUGUCUCUGCCUUCUCCCAUCGCCGAGCCCGUGCCGGCUCAACAGCAAGUUUCACAUAUUACGAGGAGCCCGAGGUACCAGAAGGCGAGGAGGAGCCAGACAUAUUUACUAAUCUAAAUGAAAGUUUUGUUAGACGGAGCCUCAGCGAUCUCGGCGACCUCGAAUUUGGCAUCGAUGACGAGGAAGACUCGGCGGACCGAGAAUAUCUCGCAACUCACGAUGAUUACAUGCUGAGGCGUCGUUCGUCAGCGCAGUCACGAGAUUCUGUUCACGUACAUCUCCUCCGCAGAGACAGCACGGCUACAGUGGCCAGUGCUCGCACCGAAGGGCGAAGUAGCCAGAAGAUGUACAUGGCCAACGAGGAUCUAACCAUCGUCGUAGCCGGUUUUCAAACGAGUAAAGCGGGGUUUUUGAUAUAUACAGUGCUGUGCUUCAUCACUGGCGGGAUUGCAUUCCUGCUUCUUCGCUGGUUGCCACGAUGGUACAUCUCAAUUGUCGGACGGCUCUGUCCGCUAAGGCAAUGCGACUGGGUGGUCAUUGAAAACCAAUGGGGUGAAUUGAGCAUCAUCAAGGUCACGACUCUAGAGUAUGGUAGGCCUGUCUCGUCUGUCUUCGGUAUACCGGAAAAGCCAUUUCUCAACAGCCUUGACGAUGAAAACGACCCACUCAUAGACGAUCUACGCUCGCUAGAUUACCGCUAUGUCCGACUUUAUUUUCACCCGGUCAAAGAUAAAUUUGUCAUGUCUUCUGGGUGGAAAGAUCCCGAAUGGACAGAUGUACGACUCGUUCGAUCAGGCCUGGAUAGCGACGACAAGGCCAUACGUGAAGCCAUCUUCGGUCAUAACCUGAUAGAUAUUGAACAGAAAACCAUUGGCCAAUUACUCAUAGAUGAGGUCCUUCACCCAUUUUAUAUGUUCCAGGUCGCUAGCCUGAUCCUCUGGUCCAUGGACUCUUACUACUAUUAUGCUGCAUGCAUAUUCAUCAUAUCCCUAGCUAGUAUUUCUACGACGCUGAUUGAGACACGGGCUACGAUGCUGCGCCUUCGCGAAAUAUCUCGGUUCGAAUGUGAUGUACGAGUUCUUAGAAACGGCUUUUGGAAAUGCGUUUUGUCGAGCGACCUGGUGCCCGGAGAUAUUUAUGAGUUGAGCGACCCGAACCUGUCACAAUUUCCGAGUGAUAGUCUUUUGCUCACGGGCGACUGUAUCGUUAACGAGAGCAUGCUUACCGGCGAGUCUGUCCCAGUCUCCAAGAUUCCCGCAACGGAUGAGACCUUGCGUUCCAUGGACCUCGCGGCUUCCUCAGUGUCCCCUGAGAUUUCACGACACUUCCUAUACUGCGGAACGAAAAUUGUCCGAACAAGACGACCUCAGGAGGGCCAAGAUGAAGAUGCUGUCGCUUUAGCUCUUGUCGUUAGAACCGGGUUCAACACUACCAAAGGUGCGCUGGUACGGUCUAUGCUCUUUCCCAAGCCCUCGGGCUUUAAAUUCUACCGAGACUCCUUUAGAUAUAUCAGUGUCAUGGCCAUUGUCGCCAUGUUGGGCUUUGCCACUUCAUUUGUCAAUUUUGUGCGGCUAAAGCUUGGAUGGCACUUUGUCAUUGUUCGUGCUCUUGAUUUAAUCACGAUUGUCGUACCACCUGCUCUGCCAGCGACACUGACAAUCGGCACGAACUUUGCUCUAUCACGUCUGAAGAAAAAACAAAUUUUUUGUAUUAGUCCCCAGAGAGUCAAUGUGGGGGGAAAAAUCGACAUCAUGUGCUUUGAUAAAACGGGGACAUUGACAGAGGAUGGCCUCGAUGUUCUCGGACUCCGCAUCAGCCUAGGAGCAGGUAAAGAGUUCAGCGAGCUCUUGUCUCGAGCACCCGACUUUGGGAACAGGGCAGUGGCACCAACUAGCAGGAACCCUGUUCAAGCCGCACUUUUCACGAUGGCAACAUGCCACUCGCUGAGGUCAGUUGACGGAGAACUCGUUGGUGACCCACUGGAUCGAAAAAUGUUCGAAUUUACCGGCUGGUCUUUUGAAGAAGGAAAGCAGAGGGCUGUGGAGGGUGACGAUGAUGAGCAAAGCGGACUGACGCCAUCCAUUGCUCGUCCACCAGAUAAUUCCAUCGAGCUAGGUGUUUUAAAGUCCUUCGAGUUUAUAUCUCAACUUCGGAGAGCGAGUGUUAUUACACGACGUUUCGGUCAGAAAAAUGGCGACAUUUACGUGAAAGGUGCUCCUGAGGCUAUGAGAGAGAUCUGUCGUCCAGAAAGCUUUCCUGAUGGUUAUGACGACUUGCUCUCAUAUUACACCCACCAAGCCUACCGAGUAAUUGGCUGUGCCACCAGACACCUGCCCAAGCUUAGUUGGGUCAAGGCGCAAAAAUUAACCAGGCCGGAGGUUGAGAGCAAUCUUGAUUUCGUCGGGUUUAUCAUUUUUGAGAAUAAAUUGAAACCCACGACGGCGGGUGUCUUGAAAGAACUUCUGGAUUCUAACAUCAGCGCAGUAAUGGUCACUGGUGACAAUAUUUUAACAGCCAUCAGCGUUGCGCGCGAGUCGGGACUACUAGACAGACAAGCGCAUUGCUUUGUGCCCCGAUUUCUGCGAGGUGACUCCAGUGACCCCAUGGCCGAGCUGCAAUGGGAGAGCAUCGACAACAGCCGCUUAUGCCUUGACAAACUUACUUUACUUCCGCUUCCCGCGCCACCCGAGGAAGAUGUCUCUCUCCCGUAUGAUAUCUCAAACCUGCAGAAUUUUUCCUUGGCCGUUAGUGGGGAAGCGUUCCGUUGGAUCGUCGAUUAUUCCCCCCGGGAUAUCUUGCAACGCAUGCUCGUGCAAGGGAAAAUAUUCGCCAGAAUGUCUCCUGAUGAAAAGCAUGAACUUGUGGAAAAGUUACAGAGCAUCGACUUUUGUUGCGGUUUCUGCGGCGAUGGGGCCAAUGAUUGUGGUGCUUUAAAGGCCGCUGAUGUCGGUAUAUCCCUAUCUGAAGCAGAAGCUUCUGUUGCUGCUCCAUUUACGUCUCGUGUCUUCGACAUUCGCUGUGUACCUGAAGUUAUUAGGGAAGGAAGAGCGGCACUCGUGACCAGUUUUAGCUGUUUUAAAUACAUGAGCUUGUAUUCCGCCAUACAGUUCACGUCGGUCAGCUUUCUUUAUGCUAAGGCGUCUAAUUUGGGUGACUUCCAGUUUCUCUUCAUUGAUUUGUUGCUCAUCUUACCCAUCGCUGUAUUUAUGGGCUGGGCAGGACCAGCUCCAUUCCUGUGUCGCAAGCGGCCGACAGCAGAUCUGGUUUCUCGCAAAGUCUUAACACCCCUCCUGGGACUGAUGGUUCUCUGUGUUUGCAUUCAAGGGGCCGCUUUUCUUGCCGUACGAGAACAGCCCUGGUACAAACCACCUGAGGUCGGCCGCGAAGCAAAUAUUAAAAACUCGGAGAAUACAGCACUCUUCUUGUCGUCUUGUUUUGAGUAUAUAUUAUCCGGAGUUAUACUGAAUGCUGGUCCACCAUUUAGGCAGAAAACCACGAAGAACUGGCCUUUCACUCUCACCAUAGUGGCUGCACUGGUCAUCACUGUAUAUAUGAUAGUUGAUCCAGGGCAGUGGAUUAGGAAACUGAUGGAACUUUCUCAUAUUGAUUGGGGGUAUAAAUUAUUUCUCAUGGUCUUGGGCCUGGCGUACUUGGCUUUUGCUUGGUUCUUUGAGAAGUAUUUGGCAAUGCCACUGGCAAGAACAAUUGGUUACACGAAGCAACGAAUUAUGGGACGUGCAAAAAUACGCAAGCAGUACAAAGUCAUACGUGAGGAGAUGUGGAAAAAUUAA